AUGGAAUAUUUGUAUUUCAUUUUUCUAGUUCUUAGCAUAAUACAGAUUAAUCACAAUACUGUAUUUUAUAGAGCUUUGAAAAAGCGUAGAUAUUUAAGUGAGAAUACUACUGAAAAUGCAAUAUCAACUAAAUUAUAUUCUGAUGAGUGUUACGAUAAAAAUGGUGUUAUAAAUGAUAAUAAUUCUGUUGUUAAGUAUAUAUAUGAAGAAUAUGAAUCAUAUAAAAGAAUAAAAAAAAAAAAUAAACUGUGUAAAAAUAUAUUAUCAGAAAAUAAAUUAUCAGAAAGUAAAUUAUCUGAAUGUACAUUACCUGAAAGUAAAUUAGCUGAUAGUAAAUUUUCAAAAUAUAAGUUAUCUAAUGAUAAUACUAAUGAAAACUUGAAAUCUCAUUCACACCUAAAUAGUUCUCCAUCUACUUCAAAUUCUGGGUAUUACCUUGAUUCUAAGUGUAAUGAUAACAUUAAUGAAAGUAAUAGUGCCACUAAUGAAUUGAUAGAAAAGAAUGUCUCGAUUAAAUAUCCUAUAUAUAACUGGGAGUUAGGUAAAGCAUGUUUAAGUAAAUAUUUGGGACAUUCGAAAAAUUAUUUUUUAAAUGGUGUAAAAUUUGAUGAAUGGAAAUUAGUAUACCUUGAAGACAGAUGUUACAAUGAAAAAAAUGGUAGAGUUCAUAAAGUGCUUGAAACUGAAAUUACAGGAAAUAAUGAAAAUAAUAAAAGAGAAUUAAAAUUAUUUAUAAAAAGAAUACCUAUAGAUAUGUGGUUGAAACAAUUUGAAAUGAUGGAUACAUAUAAUGGUGAAUAUAUUGUACGUGCAGAAAAUUUUGUAAUGGAAGCAACUGUAUUAUCCUUUUUAAGUGCUUAUUAUCCUGGUAUAUGUCCAAAAUUUUAUAAGUUAUUAUAUAAUCCGGAUAAUUACUACAUGGAUGAAAAGAUUUCAUCAAUAAAUAAUAUAAAUGACAUCGGUAUAUUUAAUAAAUUAUUAAGUGAUAGUUUAAGAAUGGAUAUAAGUGGAUAUAUAUUGUUGGUAUCAGAAUCAUUUGGUGAAGAUUUAGAAACAUAUUUAUGUACUAUAAAUAAUAAGAAAAAAUUAAAAAGUCGUAAAAAGAAUAAAAAAAAACUUUUAUUUGAAUCUUUAAAAUUAAUUAAUAAAUUACAUCAAGCAGGAAUAUGUCAUUUGGAUUUUACAUUAGAUAAUAUAUUAAUAUCAAAAGAUGGUGAUAUGAGAUUGUGUGAUUUUGCUAAAAGUACUCCAAUGUAUAGUUAUUAUUUAAGACAUACAAAAAAAAUGGAUAAUUUAUGUUUAUUUCAAUCAUGUAUUACUAGUGUUGGAAAAAAUAGAUAUGUCCCUCCUGAAUGUUGGGUUUUGGAAAGACGUUAUUCAAGAGUGAGUACAAAAUAUCCUUUUGAAUAUCUAGAAGAAAUUACUGAUGAAGAAGAAAGGAAAAAAUAUUAUUUUGAUGUUUCUUGUGCAGAUAAAUAUAUGCUUGGAAUUGUUUUUAUAGCUAUUUGGAAUAAUAGUUAUUUAUGGUAUAUAUCAGAUCCAAUAAUAGAUUUAAAUUAUUUAAAAUACAAGAAGUGUAAUAUGAAUUUUAAUAAAAUAUGGACCACCUUUUUUUGGCCUAAAAAAUUGAAGAUAAUUCUAAGGCAAUUAUUGGAUUUAGAUCGUAGGAAAAAUUUAAAUUUAAAUGAUUUGAUUAAUGAUCCUUGGUUUACUAGAUAA